GCAUUUCUAUGUUUUCGCGUUUAGUAUUAAUUGACAUCCAGUUGGUAGUUGAACCACUACGUACUGUUUAUGUAUCGAAAAUAUAAUAUCGCAUACAGGGCCUUCAAAAUAUCGUAAACCAAUUAAAUAUCAAUAUAAUGUGAUUGGUAUCGAAUUUGUUUAUUUUAAUUUUCGACAUUCAGCAGUCAAUCUGUGAUGGAAGACAGCGGGAUCGACAGCGGGGAUCUUAACACAGAAUCGAAUUCCAAACCUAACGGUAGUGAUAGUUCGAGUGCCAGUAGUAGCAGUAAAUCAAUUCCCAGAAAAACAUCAGCUACUUCUCGACAAUUACAAAGAAAACUAGAAGCUAGAAUAGAACAAGCUAAGCGACUUCAUCAAGAUUACGCUUCUACUACUCCUGCAUUGAUUCCUAUACAAAGGCUUCCCAUACCUGGUGCCAAAGAUCAACAACCUCUUGUACAAUGGGACACUGAUGAUAGUGAAGAAGAUAUAGUUAAUUUCUUCCCGAAUGUUCGCAGAGAAUCAAAAGUGCACCAAGAACUGACUGACACUUUUAGCAUAGAAGAAAUGAGCAUAUCAGGUGACGACGAAGAAGAAGACUUGCAUUUAGUGCCACCAAGGACUGUUUAUAAAACUUUUAAAUGUUGUCUGUUUCCUUCAUGUACCAUUAUAUGAAUAUAUUGUUUGCAGUUUGGUUUAUAAUAUAUAGUUUCGAGUUUUAACUCCAGAAACCGUGCCAAAGUUAUGGAAAUUCAUUGAAAUUGUUCUACAAAUUGUUAAAUCAACCAUACGAAUAUGGGAAUUGUUCUUUUCCGUUUAUUAGUGCCAAAGAAAAAACGAAUUUCAAUUAACUGAAAUGUAUCGAUGUCUGCUACUUCCCAUAAAGAAUGUCACUCUAAGCUAUGUCUUUCACAUGGUUCUACAACAUUUUUUGGAAACUAAAUAUUUUAAACUAGACUCUGAUUUUAUGGAAAAUAAUGUUAUGUAUUUUAUUUAUAGGAUAUAUUUGUAUGUUUAAUAAGCUUAACUAUUAUUAAAUUUGGAUUUGAAACUUUGUAAA